AAAGAGGUCAGAGGAACUGGUGAAGGGGCAAAGGUUGUUCCGAGUUACAGGUUGCGAAGUGAGGGCAAAAUGUACCGUCGAAGUGGGCUCCUGGUGUGGGAGAUAAUGAGGACUGCAGUAGGUCGUGUCCCGGGUUGUCCUGUUAGCUUGAGGACAGCUUGUACCGGGGAGGGUAAGGACGCCCACAGCCGUCCCGCAUUUGCUCCCUGUGAGGCCCAGGCUGUUCACCGCCGCGCCGCGUUUAGCCCAGACCUGAACAGUUUUGUUUCUCGGACUCAUACUUGUGGAGAGCUUUGCGCUGCUCACAUUGGUCAGGAGGUUAGACUCUGUGGCUGGAUUCAGUAUCAAAGACAGGGCCUCUUUAUAAUCCUAAAAGAUUUCGAUGGAUUAACUCAAAUUGUUAUACCACAGGAGGAGUCCACUGCACACUUGAAGAAGAUGCUUUGUGAGCUUCCUGUUGAAUCUGUAAUAGCUGUCACUGGAACAGUCAUUCCCAGGCCACCAGGACAAGCUAAUCUGGAGUUGUCGACAGGUAAAAUUGAAGUGAGGCUGCAGCAUGCUGAGCUACUAAACAGAUGCAGAAAGUUACCCUUUGAAACCAAGGAGCUUGCAAAGAAGUCAGAAGUAUUACGUAUGCAACACCGAUACUUGGACCUGAGAAGUUCCCAGAUGCAGUAUAACUUGCGACUACGUUCCCAGAUGGUCAUGAGAAUGCGGGAGUAUCUCUGUAAUUUACAUGGUUUUGUAGACGUUGAGACGCCAACAUUAUUUAAGAAAACACCUGGAGGAGCAAAGGAAUUUGUGGUACCUUCGAGGGAACCAGGAAAGUUUUAUAGUCUCCCACAAAGCCCUCAGCAAUUCAAGCAGUUACUGAUGGUCGGAGGACUGGAUAGGUACUUUCAGGUAGCACGUUGUUAUAGAGAUGAGGGUUCAAAGCCAGACCGGCAACCUGAGUUUACCCAGAUCGACAUUGAGAUGUCUUUUGUAGACCAGGUGGGGAUUCGGAAGCUGAUUGAAGGAUUGCUAGAGUACUCCUGGCCAGAAGAGAAAGGACCCAUUGCUACACCUUUUCCAUCCAUGACAUAUCAGGAAGCCAUUGACAAUUAUGGCAUUGAUAAACCAGACACUCGAUUUGGAAUGAAGAUUGUUGACAUCAGUGAAGUGUUUAGAAAUACAGAGAUUUCCUUUUUGCGUGAUGCUCUCUCCCAAACCUGUGGUGUUGUACGGGCAAUCUCAGUCACAGAAGGGGUGAAACUUCUGAAAAGGAAAGAUUUGGAAGAUCUCAAGAAGUUGGCAAACACCCAGUUUAAUCAGGACAUAACAUUUUUUGCACUACAUUCUGAUGGUACAUGGAAAUCUCCACUUGCCAAAUUCCUUACAAAUGUGGAACGAUCUCAGCUAUGUCACGCAACGAAUCUCCAUAAUGAUGAUGUGCUGAUACUUGCCACAGGUGACCAAGCAAAAGUAAGUGCUGCAUUAGGGAAGUUACGGCUAGAAUGUGCCAACAUACUGGAGUCCAGAGGUGUUGCUGUCCGAGAUCCAGAUAUGUUCAAUUUCCUCUGGGUUCUUGACUUCCCAUUGUUUCUACCAAAAGAAGAGAGACCUGAAGAGUAUGAAUCUGCACAUCACCCCUUCACAGCUCCUAACCCAGAUGAUGCCCAUCUCAUUUACACAGAUCCUGACCAGGUGAGGAGUCAGCAUUAUGACCUGGUACUGAAUGGCAAUGAAAUAGGAGGAGGCUCCAUUAGAAUCCAUAAUAUGGAAUUGCAGCGCUAUGUACUGGAAUCAAUAUUAAAGGAAGACAGUGGAUUAUUACAACAUCUACUGAAGGCAUUAGAUUCUGGUGCACCGCCCCAUGGGGGGAUUGCAUUGGGCUUGGACAGACUGAUAGCUCUUACAGUUGGAGCUUCAACUAUCAGGGAUGUGAUUGCCUUUCCUAAAUCUUUCAGAGGACAUGAUCUAAUGAGCAAUGCCCCAGACUCUGUGAAUCCUGAAGAACUAAGCCCAUAUCAUAUUCAGGUCAAUUGGCCAGCAGAAAUCCAGAAGGACAAAACCAACUCAUGAAUUACUGCACGGAUUAUUUCCUGAGGCAAAAGCAACAGCAGCCAAAGGAUUUGGACCAUAUAAGUUUGUAUCAUUACCGGAAGCAUUGAGGUCUGAACUUCCCUGCUGUGGCUUUGAACAUAUUUUCCAAUAUUUCAUGCUCACUUCUAUCAAAUCAUGGCAACUUACUCACUGAAACCUCUCUUUCUUCAAGUAAUAAGGUAAAUUACAUUCAGGAUAAAACAAGGUUGUCCUAUAAUUUAUUGGGUUCAUCCAAAUUGGAGUAGGGGAAGAGGAGAAGAAGCAACUUCUAUGCAAUGCUGAGCUCCCUAUAGAAUCUCUAGUGCCAGGGCAGCAGUACAAGUAACAUUGUAGAUACCAUAGUGAAACGGCAGAAAUCACACUCCCUGUGGUUUAGGGUCAAGCAUAGAUCAAGGUUGGCCCAUGAUUUUGCUAAGUAUAUCAAUCCAAAAGCUGUGGGAUCACCAGAUCACCCAAAUGUGAGGGUAGUGAAAGAGCCUCAACUCCAUCACUCCCAGAGUUCUUCCUCAGCCCUGAUUUCUGUGAAUUGUUCUGGUGCACUAAUAGGUGGUAGAAAAGCAGUUGAGAUUUUGCAGAAUUCGGGGCGUUUAUUUUGUAAUAUUGACAGUUGACUGCUAAGUUGUCAAUGCCAUUUGGGAAUGGAACAAGGAAUCUAAGUCCGAAGUACAAGUCUCGCCAAAUCUCAAACCUCACUGAACCUGGGACCAUACUGAAAGAAAUCAGUAAACUAGAGGCAGGGCCCAUUCACUUAAUGGCAUUGGAAAAUACAGUCAUAUAUUUAAUGGUCCAAGAAGUUCUACUCUGCUUUCAAUUCUGUACUUGUGCUACAUUGAUAUUUUGUGAUCUGUAAUGUUUUGCAAAUAAUACCAUAAAACAGAAAUGAUCAGUUGACUAUAAAAUACUGCAACACACAGAAUGUUAAUUGAAACACUUUCAAAGGGUAGUGGUGGAAGUAAAAUAGUUAAUGCCACAUUGCCCUAAGCAGUAACAAUAGAUACAUAAAAAUCCACAGGAAAUGUUGAAUUCAGCAGGCCAGGCAGCCUCGACCUGAAAAAUCGACAGUUUAACUCUUUUACAUAGAUGCUGACUGGCCUGCUGAAUUCCUCCAGCAUUUUGUUUGUAUUCCUUGGAUUGCCAGAUUUUCUCUUGUUUGUGAUUACACACAAAUCCAUUGGUUUUGGGAUUUUCUGAGGAUGUACCCAUGAAUACAUUCAAUCUGUUUUUUGCACAAGAGGUUAAACAAGCUGCCACAACUACACUGUCUCCAAGGCAAUGUGGCCUUAGGCUGUUACUGUAGAUUGGGUUCAGUUUUCAGUCUAUUUCACAGAAGUGGAAGACGCUUUUGUGUGAAUUAUUCUUAAAGUGAGGUGGUUAAUGCAUAGGUCUUGACAAGAAAAAAUGACGAUUCAGUGCAUUACCUCUGAAGUGAGUUGUGCCUUCUUUAUAUGUCCUCCAACUCACAGUAGCCCCUCAGUCAGGAAAGAGACAGAGUUACUAAGGGGACUUGGUUUUGGGAGAGGUUCCUGAUUGUGAUAAACCUGUCUUAGAACUAGAUAGAAUCUAACCUUUUCCAAUUCAGUUGCUGAGCACUGAGGUUGUUUACAAAGGCUGUCUUUGGCUGCUACUCUAAUAGAACGAGUAAUAUGCGAGAGCUGGCCAUUUGCUCUGGAAAAAAACUUCCAGCUUAAAAAACACUCAAAGUGUGUUCUGCCAAUUUGGAAAAGUGAUAAAUGGGUUAAGUUGUUCUACACUUGAGGACGUUUUUCUACAUCUGCCUCAAGGUCAGCUAAGUCAAAAGUUUUCCAUUGUCUAUGUUCGUGAUGGGGAUCAGCUAAAAAUGUUGGGCCAGUUAACUAUGAGGAGAGGGUGAGCUGAUAAGUUUUGAGCCACUUUGUGGCAUGAUCAGCCAGGUUGAGAUCAGUAGGAACACAGUUCCAUUGGCUCCUCUGAGUUGAUUGCCUGAUAUGUUGGGUCCUAUUAUGUACAUAAGCAUAGAAUCAAUGGUUUCAUUUAAUAUCAGAGAAUGUAUGCAAUAUACAACCUGAAAUUCUCACCCUCAAAACAGAAGAAAAAAGCCCCAAAGAAUGAAUGACAGAAAAAAAUGUUAGAAUCCCCUUCCCCUUCCAUGCACAAACACAUUAGCCCUCCCCCCACUUAUUCUAGCAAAGUAUCAGCAUUCCUACCACCCACCAUGCCAGCAUCAGCAAAGCCCCUAAAGAGAGAUCAUGGUCUACAGUACAUCAAAAUUAACUGUCCAUUCCAACAUUUCAACAUUCCUCAGGUUCUCUCCGUAACAAGGAAGAGACAGGUAUUGCUCUCCACAACAAGAGGGGAGACCAACAGAUUGUCUCUUUGUUUCAUCAUAUUUAAAACAGAGCACAACAUUGCCAUCAGUAAAGAACUUGAUGCCAUCUAGUUGUGUGUCCAGCUCUUUAGUUAUAAUCUCUGCCAUCUCAUAAUCAGGUUUAAAAUCAGCACCGUAUGUCAUGAAAUUUGUUAACUUAGCUGCAGCAGUACAAUGCAAUAUAUGAUAGAAGCAUAGAAAACCUACAGCACAAUACAGGCCCUUUGGCCCACAAAGUUGUGCCAAACAUGUCCCUACCUUAGAAAUUAUUAGGGUUACCCAUAGCCCUCUAUUUUUCUAAGCUUCAUGUACCUAUCUAAAAGUCUCUUAAAAGACCCUAUUGUAUCCACCUCCACCACUGUUGCCAUUCCAUGCACUCCCCACUCUGCAUAAAAAAAACUUAGCCCUAACAUCUCCUCUCAAAGUACUUCCCAGCACCUUAAACCUGUGUCCUCUUGUGGCAGCCAUUUCAGCCCUGGGAAAUAGCCUUUGACUAUCCACACGAUCAAUGCCUCUCAUAAUCUUAUACACCUCUCAUCCUUCGUCGCUCCAAGAAGAAAAGGCCAAGUUCACUCAACCUGUUUUCAUAAGGCAUGCUCCCCAAUCCAGGCAACAUCUUUGUAAAUCUCCUCUGCACCCUUUCUAUGGUUUCCACAACUUUUCCUAUAGUGAGGCAACCAGAACUGAGCACAGUACUCCAAGUAGGGUCUGACCAGGGUUCUAUAUAGCUGCAACAUUACUUCUUGGCUCCUAAAUUCAAUUCCCCAAUUGGUGAAGGCCAAUACAUUGUAUGCCUUCUUAACCACAGAGUCAACCUGCACAGCUGCUUUGAGAGUCCUAUGGACUUGGACCCCAUGAUCCCUCUGAUCUUCUACACUGCCAGGAGUCUUACCAUCAAUUCUAUAUUCUGCCAUCAUAUUUGACCUACCAAAAUGAACCACUUCACACUUAUAACCAUAACCAUAUAACAAUUAUAGCACGGAGACAAGCCAUCUCGACCCUUCUAGUCCGUGCCGAACACUUACUCCAUACUUAUCUGGGUUGAACUCCAUCUGACACUUCUCAGCCCAGUUUUGCAUCCUAUCAAUGUCCCACUGUAACCUCUGACAGCCCUCCACACCCCCCAACCUUUGUAUCAUCAGCAAACUUAAUAAUCCAUCCUUCCACUUCCUCAUCCAGGUCAUUUAUAAAAAUCAUGCAGAGUAAGAACAGAUCCCUGAGGCACACCACUGGUCACUGACCUCUAUGCAGAAUAUGACCCAUCUACAACCACACUUUGCUUUCUGUGGGCAAGCCAUUUCUAGAUCCACAAAGCAAUGUCCCCUUGGAUCCCAUGCCUCCUUACUUUCUCAAUAAUCCUUGCAUGGGGUACCUUAUCAAAUGCCUUGCUGAAAUCCAUAUACACUACACCUACUGCUCUUCCUUCAUCAAUGUGUUUAGUCACAUCCUCAAAAUAUUCAAUUGGGCUUGUAAGGGAUGACCUGCCCUUCACAAAGCUGUGCUGACUGUUCUUAAUCAUAUUAUACCUCUCCAAAUGUUCAUAAAUCCUGCCUCUCAGGAUCUUCUCCAUCAACUUAACAGCCAUUGAAGUAAGCCUCACUUUUCUGUAAUUUCCUGGGCUAUCUCUACUCCCCUUCUUGAAUAAGAGAAUAACAUCCGCAGCCUCUCCAAUCCUUUGGAAUCUCUCCCAUCCCCAUUGACGAUGCAAAGAUCAUCGCCAGAGGCUCCUCAGUCUCUUCUCUCGCCUCCCACAUUAGUCUGAGGUACAUCUCAUCCGGUCCCGAUGACUUACCCAACUUGAUGCUUUCCAAAAGCUCCAUCAAAUCCUCUUAAUAUCUACAUGCUUAAGCUUUUCAGUUCACUGCAAGUCAUCAAUACAAUCACCAAGAUCCUUUUUCAUAGUGUACAAUGUCCUGGGUAUGUUACUCAAAAUGGCCUCUUUGGUUUGUUACAAGUAGGAAUGUUUCUUUGUCGGAUAAGUGUUUCUCUAGCCGUUGUUUCACUUUAGAAUGGCUGAUAUGGUAAUUGUAUUCAUUUGUUAAUCAAUGGGGAAUGUCAUUGUGUCUUGUGAUGCUGGGAACUUGGGGGAGGGGUUUUCGCGGGUUUUUUAGGGAGAGGCCGAGGAAGACACUGAAGAAGGUGGACGUGUGCUGGACUGCUCGUAAGACCACCAGGGUGGUCCCAGGUGCGACGGCCGGAUGGGUCGAUUGGUUCGUUGAUUGAGCUCCAACGAGUGCACUAAACAGACUGAACUUUGAUAAGUGGCGCCUUUUGUUUUUUUCCUUGUGUAUAUAUAUUGUAUUGCUUACUAUUUUUAAUUUUAGUAAACUCUUUAAAGUGUA